AAAGAAAAAGAGGAGGGAGUGAAACUUUGAUCUGUCCCAGCUUUGCUUAUAUUACUUCGUGACAUUUGUGAGGAAGGCAGAAUGAGAGGGAGGGAGGGAGGGAGGGAGAGAAAGAAAAUGUAUGAGUUAUAGGAAAUACUGUUUAUAGACACAAAAUUGGAAGAAAGUUACCACUGCUAUCACUUGGAUUCAUCCAAUUUAGUGCUGGGGGGUAGACAACUACGGUCUACAAUGCCGUCUUUUGAUGAGGUUUUAAAAGAGGCUGGAGAAUUUGGAAGGUUUCAAAAGAAGGUCUUCUUCCUCCUCUGCCAGACUGGCAUUACUUUUUCUUUUCUAUUUGUUGGAGUUGUAUUUCUGGGGCGGGAUCCCGAGCAAUAUUGGUGCAGGAUCCCCUGUGUAUCUGAACUGAGGAAGCAGUGUGAAUGGACGUUGGAAGAGGAAUACAACAUCACCAUUCAAGCCUCAAGCCUGCUGAAUUCUUCACAAUGUGAGAGGCAUGACAUAAAGUGGAAUAACACCAGGCAUAACUGUACGCAUCCACUGGCUCAUCUUACCAACAACAGUUUUGCCGGUGUGUCAUUUAGUGCAUGCCAGGAUGGCUGGCUAUUCAAAAAGCCUCACUCAAGUAUUGCCAGUGAGUAUGACCUUGUCUGUGAGAACAAGUGGUUAAUAGACAUGACUCAGUCUAUUCUCAAUAUGGGCUUUCUAGUAGGAGGAUUUGUUCUGGGCUACGCUGCAGACAGAUUUGGCAGAAUCACCAUUUAUCUCAUCUCUUGCUUUGGGGCAGGACUAUGUGGCCUUAUAGUGGCUUUUGCACAAAACAUUGUUGUAUUUUCAAUAUUUCGCUUUCUACAAGGAAUCUUUGGAAAGGGAACCUGGAUGACAAGCUUUGUACUGGUAACAGAGCUGGUUGGUUCAGACCACCGAAGGGUCGUUGGAAUUGUUAUACAGAUGUUCUUCACACUCGGAGUUGUGAUUCUUCCUGGAAUUGCUUAUGUGAUUCCCACAUGGCAGGGGAUUCAACUAGCCACCACACUCCCCAACUUUCUUUUCCUGCUAUAUUACUGGCUGGUCCCUGAAUCUCCACGGUGGCUGAUCACUCGCAAAAAAGGCAAAAAGGCGCUGCAGAUUAUGCAGUCCCUUGCCAAGGGGAAUGGACAGAGCCUUCCAGUGCACUUUUCAGAGAUCACAGUCUCUGAUGAAGAAGUGAGCAACCCCUCUCUGUUGGAUCUGGUUAGAACUCCGCAGAUGAGAAAAUUCACAUUGAUUCUCAUGUAUGCCUGGUUCACCAGUGCAGUAGUUUACCAAGGGCUUGUGUUGCGCCUGGGACUCAUAGAAGGGAAUCUGUAUUUGGAGUUCUUCAUCUCUGCCGUGAUGGAAUUGCCUUCAGCUUUCUUAAUCUUAGCGACCAUUGACCAACUUGGCCGGCGUCCCCUCUUUGCCUCAGGAACCUUUGUGGCAGGGGUUGCAUGCUUAAUCACAGCAUUUUUACCAGAAGACAUACCAUGGUUAAGUACAGCAGUAGCCAUCUUGGCAAGAUUGGGGAUCACCAUCACUUUUGAACUUGUGUAUCUUGUGAAUAGUGAACUGUAUCCUACAGUUUUCAGAAACUUUGGUGUUUCAAUAUGUUCAGGAAUGUGUGAUAUAGGGGGCACGGUAGCCCCGUUUCUGCUCUACCGAUUAGCAGCCUUCUGGUCAGAGCUUCCUCUGAUUAUCUAUUGCAUACUUUCUGUUCUCUGUGGAAUUCUGGUGUUACUUUUACCUGAGACCAAGGGGCAGCCCUUACCAGAGACAGUGGAAGAUGUGGAGAAAAUGUCAAGGUACUGAAUAGGUAUCCUUAGAUAUUCUUGCAUGCCCUCUGGAAAUUCAGCCUUCAGAUGAUUAAUUCUAGACCUUAGUUCAGCAAUUUU